AGAGAGAGAGAGAGAGAGAGAGGGUGGAGAGAGAGAGAGACGCCAUUGCUGGCAAGACAUUCCUCUCCCGGAGAAGCAAAACAGAAGACUGGGAUGGUCUCCCCGCAGCGAGCGGGACGGAGGGACAGUCCGGGACCAGGACGGAGGGACAGUCCGGGACGAGGACGGAGGGACAGUCCGGGACCAGGACCAGGAUUGUUCCGGUGGAUGUUUGAUGUAGCUCCGCUCCUCUCCGCCAGGUGAUACGAGGGGAAGAAGACCAGACCGCCCGGGAUAGAACUGGAAAGUGGGCGUGGCCACUGGCUGAAGGAGAAUCUGACGAUGAGCGUGCCUCCGUGCCACUGAUGGGCAGGACCGGAAUGACACCGUGACCUUUUUUCCCUGGAAGCGAGUCAGCGAUGAGCGGGGGAGUAUAAUGGCCAAGAAUAAGGAUGCCCGCCCUCCGACAUUCGCCGUCAGCGUGGUUGGCCUCUCCGGGCCGGAGAAAGAGAAGGGUGACAACUACUACUCCGAGCACACCUCUGUGCUUAGCACAAUCGACUUUGGGGGGCGCGUGGUGAACAAUGACCACUUCCUGUACUGGGGAGAGGUUCCCUACAGGGGGGACGAAGGGCUGGAUUGUAAAAUCCAAGUCAUCGAGCAGACGGAGUUCAUCGACGACCAGACGUUUCAGCCCCACCGGAUUACCAGCAUGCAGCAGUACAGCAAACGUGCGGCGGCGACCAAGCUGCAGUCCGCAGAGAAGCUCAUGUACAUCUGUACCGACCAGCUGGGCUUGGAGCAGGACUUUGAGCAGAAGCAAAUGCCCGAUGGGAAGCUGAACAUUGACGGCUUUGUGCUCUGCAUAGACGUGAGCAAAGGCUGCAACAGGAGGUUCGACGACCAAAUGAAGUUUGUGAACGGCCUCUACUCCCAAAUUGUGAAGUCAAAGAAACCCGUCGUGGUCGCCGCCACAAAAUGUGACGAGUUUGUAGAGCAGCACCUGAGGGACCUUCAGACUUUUGUUGCCAGCAAAAAGAACUUACUCCUCGUUGAAACGUCGGCACGCGCCAACGUCAACGUGGAGCUCUGCUUCAACGCUCUCAUACAGCAGCUGGAUAAGACCCGAGGCAAGCCGAAAACCGUGCCGUACUUGGACGCCUCCAAAGUCCAAAGGCAGCUGGUUGCCUCACUAACAGAGAGAUUUGAGAAACUGAUGGUGCAGAUGGUGAAAGAUUACCACACCACAUGGAAAGGAGUGGUCAGUAAGAUGAAGGGCAUUGCGGACUAUGAGGACUUCAUCACCUGGGAGGGCUCAAGAAAGGGAAGAAACAUGUUCACAAAGCACAUUGCACAACUGAAACAGGAGCACAUUAGGAGGAGGAGAGAGGAGUACCUCACAACGCUGCCCAAAACACUCAACAACCUCCUGAGUCGCUUAGAAGAGGUCGAGCACCUUACCUGGUCCGAGGCGCAGAGUGUCAUUCGGAACCGUUCGGAUUUCCAGUGCUGGUUCGUGGUACUGGAGCAAACGCCGUGGGACGAGACGGACCACGUUGACAACAGUGACCGGAGGAUACCCUUUGACCUCCUGAACACGGCUGACGGCGAGAGGAUCUACCAUAGCCAUGUCCAGCACCUGCUCUCUGAGAAGAGGAGGGGGGAGAUGAAGGAGAGAUUCAAGAAGACGCUUGAGAGGGUUCAUUUUAUCAGUGCAGGACAGCCUUGGGAAGAGGUCAUGUGCUUUGUCAUGGAGGAUGAAGCCUACAAGUACAUCACAGAAUCAGAUAGGAGGGAUGUUUACUGUAGACACCAGCAGGAAAUAGUUGAAAGGGCCAAAGAGGACUUUCAGGAAAUGCUUUUUGAGCACGCUGAGCUCUUCUACGACUUGGAUCUGAACGCCACUCCGAGCUUUGUCAAGAUGAGUGAAAUCCACAGCGUGUUAAAUGAGGAGCCCAGAUACAGAGCGUUGCAGAAACUUGCCCCAGAUAGAGAGUCUCUCCUCCUCAAACACAUUGGCUUUGUGUACCACCCGACGAAGGAGACAUGCCUGAGCGGGCAAAACUGCGUGGACCUGAAAGUGGAGCAGGUUUUAGCCAACAGACUGGUACAGCUCGACCACGGCCGCUCCAAUCUCUACUACAACAGUGCCAACAUAGAUAAGAUCAACCUCUGCCUCUUGGGAAGGGAGGGUCUCUCUCAAGAACUAGCCAAUGAGAUUCGUGCUCAGUCCACAGACGACGAGUACACACUUGACGGCAAAAUUUAUGAACUGGAGCUCCUCCCUGCGGAUGUCAACUCCACGCUGCUUUUCAGCCAUACCUGGGUCUCUACUUUCAAGCCGCACGGCUGCUUCUGUGUGUUCAACUCCAUAGAGUCCCUCAACUGUAUCGGGGAUUGCAUUGGCAGGAUCCGAGCAGAGAUUGCCCAGAGUAGAAGAGAGAGGUUUGCUCCGCCUUUACCUUUUAUCCUCAUCCUGGCCAACCAGAGGGACAGUGUUUGUAAAAACGUACCUAUCCUGCGGCACCAAGGCCAGCAGCUGGCAAACAAGCUUCAGUGCACCUUCGUAGACAUCCCGUCCGGGGCCUUUCCCAGGAAGUUUACCGAGUUCCAAAUCAAGCAGAGCCUCCGAGCGGUGCUGGAGGGGCUCAAGCAGAAUUUUGAUGUCCUCGCCCCCCUGCCCUCAAUCAAGGACAUGUCUGAGGUGGAUCUGCGAAUAGUCAUGUGCGCCAUGUGUUGGGACCCCUUUAGUGUUGACCUCAUCCUCUCGCCUUUCCUGGAGUCGCACUGCUGUAGCGCAGGGCAGCCGGGCCAGAGCAAUACGCUCAUGCUGGACAAGAUCGUUGGGGACAGCAGGAGGAGGAUUCAAGUCACCAUCCUCUCCUAUCACUCUGCCAUCGGCGUGCGCAAGGACGAGCUGGUGCACGGCUACAUCUUGGUGUACUCGGCCAAACGCAAGGCGUCCAUGGCGACCCUCCGAGCCUUCCUGGCGGAGGUGCAGGACGUGAUCCCCGUCCAAAUGGUGGCCAUCACGGACAGCCAGGCGGACUUCUUCGAAAACGACGCCAUCAAGGACUUGAUGACGGAAGGGGAGCACAUUGCCACAGAGAUUGCCGCCAAAUUCACAGCGCUUUACUCGCUGUCCCAGUACCACAGGCAGACCGAAGUAUUCACGCCCUUCUUCAACGAAGUGCUGGAGAAAAAGCCAAACAUCGAGAGUUCUUUUUUGUUUGAUAGCUCAUCAAGGGAGUGCACCACUGGCGCCAGUGAAGAGGUCUUCCAGACCUCACCCCAUAGCCAUUCCCCAGCCUACAACACCUAUUACCCAGAAUCUGAUGACGACAACGAAGCCCCCCCACCGUACAGUCCAAUCGGCGAUGACGUGCAGCUUCUUCCAACACCUAGCGAACGGGCCAAGUACCGCAUUGACCUGGAGGGCAAUGAGUAUCCGGUCCACAGCACACCCGUCGGCGAUCAAGAACGCAACCACAAAGUGCCUCCACCUGUCCGACCCAAACCGGCUCUUCCUAGGCCGAAUGUGAAAAAGUUGGACCCCAACCUGCUUAAGACCAUUGAAGCUGGAAUGCGAAGCAACCGAAGAACGCCGCGUGGGACCAUGACGCACACCAACGAUAUGGAUCCCUCAGACAACUAUGCAGACCCUGUGGACACCAUGCUGAGGACGCCCGGCUUCAACAACGACGACAUAUACGCCGAGCCUGAGGACGCGCACGGCCGCCUGAUCAAAAUCAGAAACUCCUACGUCCUCCACGGCGGAGGCGAGGACGAGAACGGAUACGACCGCAGGUCUCAGGCCGGACGACGGCCCUCCAAGUACAGACAUCGCUCCAAAAUCCUGUUCAGCAAAACCAAGGCUUACCAAAGGCGCUUGCAGUCGGACAGCGACGGGGAGGAGACGGGCAUGGCCACGCAAAAGAAGAAGAAGGGCCGUGCUCAUCGGGGCAGCGAGGAGGACCCCUUGCUGUCUCCUGCCGACCCGUGGAAGGGUGGCAUCGAUAAUCCCGCCAUCACGUCCGACCCCGAGCAGGAAGACAAGAAAAUGAAGAAGAAAAAGACAUCCAAGGCGUCCAAGGAAGCGAAAAAGGCCAAGUCUUCCAAGUCCCCCAAGCCGCUGUACCCCCCCACCAGGAGGACCUGGGAGAGCAACUACUUUGGCAUCCCGCUGCAGAGCCUGGUCACCCCCGAGCGCCCCAUCCCGCUCUUCAUCGAGAAGUGUGUGGACUACAUCGAGCGCACAGGUCUGACCACAGAAGGAUUGUACCGGGUCAGUGGCAACAAGACUGACCAGGACAACAUCCAGAAGCACUUUGACCAAGAUCACAUGAUGGACCUGGAGGCCAUGGACGUCGCCAUCAACGCAGCCGCCGGAGCGCUGAAAGCCUUCUUCGCCGACCUGCCAGACCCUCUGAUCCCCUACUCUCUGCACCCGGAGCUGGUGGAGGCCGCAAAGAUUGUGGACUACACGGAGCGGCUGCAUUGCCUGAAGGACAUCGUGAAGAAGUUCCCCUCGGUCAACUACCAGGUCUUCAAGUACAUCAUCACGCACCUGAACAGGGUGAGUCAGCACAGCAAAAGCACGCUGAUGACGGCGGACAACUUGUCCAUCUGCUUCUGGCCGACGCUGAUGAGACCCGACUUUGAGAACAAGGACACCUUGUCCACCACCAAGCUCAACCAGGCGGUGGUGGAGUCCUUCAUCGUGCAGAGCGACUACUUCUUCCACGGCGGCGACGUCGUCGACUGCCCCGGCGGGGGGGGGGGAAGCGGCACGCCGCCGCCGCCGCGCUGCCACAACAUGGUGGAGGCGCUGCUGCCCCUGCAGCUGCCGCCCCCGCUUCAGCCCCAGCAGAUCCAGCACGCCCUGGACCCCGAGCACAUCCUCUGAGGGGGGGGGCCGCCACACUUGGAAGCUCUGUCCGGCCCACUCCGCCCUAAGCCCCGCCCCUGAGCUGAAAGGACUCCCGUCUUCCUGCAGGUUCCUCACAUUUCACCUGUAACCUCCUGUGACCUCCACCUCUUGUAGAUAGCCCCGCCCAGCCCCGCCCAGCCCCGCCCCCCCAGGCCCCCACAGUGAAGAGCACAGUGUCAAUUUGUGUUUUUAUUCUUUUCCUUUUGAUAUCUUUCUAUCUUGUCUCAUUUCUGAACCUGUCCUGUCCUGUCCUGUCUACGUUUGUCUGUCUCUUUCUUUGUUUGGACUCGCCUUCCGCAGAGAAGGUCGGAUUUAGGAGGGAAAAACUUUGGCUGACGCUUUUAUUUUGAAGGGACUAACCCCCUCCGCCUCAGCACACGAGCGAUGUAACCACUAGGUGGCGUCUGCAUGGUUUUAGUCAGAAAAAGAGCCGCUCACUUCCUCCUUCUGAAUGUUUUUUAGUUGUUUUGUUGGCUGAUGUGACCACUUAAGACAAGUUUUAAGACAAGUUUUAAGACAAGUUUAGAGCAGAAUUUAAGUAGGACGGGUCGGCAACCUGAAAUGUUGAAAUAUUGGACCAAAAAUACAAAUCAGUCUGGAGCCGCAUGAGAAUAAUAAGCAGAAAGUGUGUCAUGAGAUGAUAAAAAGUGACUUAAGAGGACUUAAAGCAGGGGUGUCCUAACUUUUUCCACUGAGGGCCGCACACUAAAAAAAUCAAAGCAAGCGGGGGUCAUUUUGAUAUAUUUUUUUAUUUUAAACACCAAUACAAUACAUGCAUAAAAAAUAUACAUUCAGGCCUCCAGUUAGUCCUCAUAGGGUUUUGCUCAAAAAAAUGUGUCUUUAUUCAGUAUUAUUAGUUGUAUUAUUUUUCAAGUUUUAAAUCUCUCACCUUUUUGAAAGCAAGAACUACUUCUUGGCUCCCAGUUUGAUACACACUUCAAUAAAUUGCCAGAAAUAGCCCAUUUGCUCAAUUUAUCUUUAAUAAACAAAUCUAUAUAUAUAUAUAUAUAUUUUACGGAAGGUUUUUUGUAGAGAAUAAAUGAUGAAAAAAACACUUAAUUGAAGGGUUUAAAAGAGGAGAAAACAGGAAAAAAAUAAAAAUUUUGAAACAUAGUUUAUUUUCAAUUUCGACUCUUUAAAAUUCAAAAUUCAUCCAUAAAAAAGAAGAGAAAAACUAGCUAAUUCAAAUGUUUUUGAAAAAAUUAAAAAACGAAUUUAGUAAUUUUUCCUGAUUAAGAUUAAUUUUAGAAUUUUGAUGACAUGUUUUAAAUGUGUUAAAAUCCAAUCUGCACUUUGUUAGAAUAUAUAACAAAUUGGACCAAGCUAUAUUUCUAACAAAGACUAAUCAUUAUUUUUUUCUUGAUUUUACAGGACAAAAAUUUUUAAAGAAAUUCAAAAGACUUUGAAAUAUUUCAAUUUGAUUUUAAAGAUUUUCUAGAUUUUCCAGAAUAUUUCUUUUAGAAUUUUAAUCAUAAUAAGUUUGAAGAAAUAAUUCACAAAUAUUCUUUGUCGAAAAAACAGAAGCUAAAAUGAAUUAAAUUAAAAUGUAUUUAUUAUUCUUUAAAAUAAAAAAAAUAAAUUCACUUGAACAUUGAUUUAAAUUGUCAGGAAAGAAGAGGAAAGAAUUUAAAAGGUAAAAAGGUAUAUGUGUUUAAAAAUCCUAAAAUCAUUUUUAAGCUUGUAUUUUUUCUCUAAAAUUGUCUUUCUGAAAGUAAAGACCAAGUCUUUCAAAUAUCUUCUUGGAUUUUCAAAUUCUAUUUGAGUUUUGUCUCUUAGAAUUAAAAAUGUCAAUAUAACAUUUUUAAAGAUUUAAGUUGAAUGCUCUUUUUUGUCAAAGAAAACCCUGUUUUUUAUGGGGAAAAACACAAAGAAUGCAAUAUUUUCACCCAAUAACAUUUUUAAGUGGAAUAUUUGCGAUUAUAUAAGAAUUGGAGCCUUAAAAAGCUCAGUUACUCAUAACACCAUUGAUUUUAUUUUAUUUAUUUUUUUGCGCAAUGACACUUAAAAACAAAUCACAUUAAAAUAAUUUUACUGUUUACUUUUAACACAAUCAUCUCGAGAUCACCUUCAGAUCUAUCCGUCAAUCAUAAGUUGUAUUGUUGUUUAUAUAUGGCAAAAAUUUCCUCCCCCAAAAUAUCUCAAAGUGGAAUAUUUUAUGUGAUUUUUUUGGCGCCUUGAAUAGGUCAAUAAUUCAUAAUGACAGAUUUUGAUUCAUUAUUAUGUUUUAAAGAAAGAAAUAGCCUGCAUGGCAGCUUUGUGUUAUUCAAGUAAACAUUGCAACAUUUUAUUACACCUGUUUGCUCUUUCAUUACACUUUUUAUGUUUUAUUAUUUUUUUUCAAUAGUAUUUUUAAACUGGGCCGUUUAAAAAUGUCACUUUGGACACCCCUGACUUAAAGGAAACCAAAUGAGCUCCAAUAUAUCUACAAAUGGGGCACAAUGAUGCAAUAUGUACAUACAGCUAGCCUAAAUAGCAUGUUAGCAUCCAUUAGCAUGCAGUGACCAAAUAUGUCUGAUUAGGACGCCACACAAGUCAAUAACAGCAACAAAACACAGCUAAAAGUUAAAAGUUUGGUGGACAAAAUGAGACAGAAAAAGAAGUGGCUUAAAACACGUCUUAGAAGGUCGGAGAAAGUUGUAGAUGUGAACCAGGGGUGUCCAAAGUGUUUACCCGCCCGCCACACAUUCUGCAAAAAUAGCAAAAUAGAUAAUAUUGCCCAAAAAACUGUAAAAAGUUGACACAAAGCUGCCAUUUUUUUUGUCUAUUUUUCUUUUUUUUUCCAUUGCUCAAAAAAAAAAAAAAAUCUGUUAUAAUGAAUUAUUACUUAAAAAAUGUCACUUUAAAAUGUUUUAUGUGUAAAAAAAUAUUGCAUAUAUUGUGUGGUUGGCAUAUAAAAAAGUUUUAUUUGACAAAAGAGUGUAAAACAAACAAAAUAAUAGUUCAAACGUGAAAUCGACAGAAGUAGAUCUUGUAAUUUAAGUGUUAAAAGUAAAGAAAUAAUAAUAAAAAUGCAUCAUUUUAUGAGUGGGGAACCUUUCGGAUCUCAAAUAUAUUUAUUAGGGUUUUAUUUCACUUUUCACUGUGAUUACUCACAAAUAUAAAAUAAUACAAAUCAAUGAUGUCCUGCAUUAUUGAUCUUUUACGGCUCUAACUACUUAAUUGUUUUACUAUUUAAAACAAAGUUGUUUUUCACAGAAAAGCCAUAAAACUUUUUUUUUAUUACUUAAUUUCAACUUGAAGUUGAUAUAGAGAUUUACUGUAAGCAUUCAAUAAUAAUAAUAAAAAAUAAUAAUUUGACUUAUUUUUAACAUUUUAAUGACUGAGACUCCUAAAGGUAAAAUAAAUUAAAAAAUCCAUAUAUUUUUUAUGGUUUGAAAAUAAAAAAAAUAUGCAAAUGACCCCGCAUGAUUACAACAUUCCGUGUGGAAAAAGUUUGGACACCCCUGAUGUAAACAAACUAGGGUGAGUUCAAGGACCGCCACAAUGAGUAGGACAAAACGACGCUGGCCAAAUACUUGAAUCAGUGACGCAUGUUUAAUAUAAACAAUGUGCUUUAUAACAAUUAGGGAGGUUUGUGUCAUGUUUGUCCUCCACAAACCAAAUUAAAACAAAAUACAUAUUUUUCCCGCUCAUCUGUUUCCAUUUUUCAUGCAUUUAAAAAAAAAAAGCUCCAAAGAGCCACUCGGGUUGCCGACCCCCGAAGUAGGAGAAUUUAUCAGCGGGAGUGGAAAAUCCCCAGCGUUUUUGAACGCAGCACGCCGGGUUCCGACACGUGGCAGAGGUGGAAUGCGGAAGUAGGCGGGACAGGAAGUGGUUCGCAUGCUAACAAAGUGCAGUCGGGCGGCCAUUUUGUGCCAAGUCACCGCCCACCUUGCCGGAUGUUGCUGACUUUUGGGUUGAAAGGGACGACUUGUUCUGGACUAAAUGCAACUUUGUGGUUCUUGGACUUCUCCGACAGGAAGUUGCUGGUGUGUAACAUCACCCACAACACCACCUCCAUCCUUUCAAAAUAAAAUACCCUUUUUUGCC